AUGAUCCAAAAGCAGAAACGCUAUUUUCCACAAGCUUUUCGAAGUUGCGUCGUGAAAACACAGAAUCGUCUCACUGUUACAGUAAACUUCGCUUUCACGUGUAAAUGCACUACGAAGCAGCCAAACCCGAACGCUCCACCGCCAGCGGAUUCUAAUCAAAUGGCUCAACAGCAGAUCCAACAACUGCAGGAACAGGUUCGUCGGCAACAAGAAGUAAUCAAUCGAGCGAAUCAGCAAAAAAAUGGGGUAGAACAAUUCACACAACUUAUGCAAGUUGCCAGUUCAAUGGAGUGCAGCUGCCAGAAUGACGAAUAUGGUUGGAGGGAUCGAUCACUUCAACCAUUUGGAACCGGUAAUAUUGGUCGGGGUUAUGGGAUUGCAGGAUACCCAACACUAUCUGGAAAUCUUCGUGGCGGCUUCAGAGGAUUUCAUCCAGGACAAUUAAUUGAUCCAUCAGAACUACAACUGGAAUAUGGUCGUCUACAAGGAGUUCCGCUUACAAUGCCCUAUCAAACGAGACUUCAGCCGAUCGCCUAA